GGACGGGCCUCCUCGGCUGCGGCGGCGGCUCCUCGGCCUCAGCCCCGGAGCCCCUCGGCGCCCCUCGGCCCGGUCCGCAGCGACGCCUCCGUUCGCCGCCCCGGCGCCCGCCUAGGCCGCAGCCGCAGCCCCGGGCUCGCGUCGGCGCCGCCCGCUCCCGGCCCGCCCCCUAUGGGCCCCGGCUAGAGGUGCCGCCGCCGCCGGCCCGCGGAGCCCCGAUGCUGGCCCGGAGGAAGCCGGUGCUGCCGGCGCUCACUAUCAACCCCGCCAUCGCCGAGGGCCCGUCCCCCACCAGCGAGGGCGCCUCCGAAGCAAACUUGGUGGACCUCCAGAAGAAGCUAGCAGAGCUAGAACUUGAUGAGCAGCAGAAGAAGCGACUGGAAGCCUUCCUCACCCAGAAGGCCAAGGUCGGGGAACUCAAGGAUGACGACUUCGAACGGAUCUCAGAGCUGGGAGCCGGGAACGGCGGGGUGGUCACCAAGGUCCAGCACAGACCUUCUGGCCUCAUCAUGGCGAGAAAGCUGAUCCACCUGGAAAUCAAGCCGGCCAUCCGGAACCAGAUCAUCCGCGAGCUGCAGGUGCUGCACGAGUGUAACUCCCCGUACAUCGUGGGCUUCUACGGGGCCUUCUACAGCGACGGCGAGAUCAGCAUCUGCAUGGAGCAUAUGGAUGGCGGCUCUCUGGACCAGGUGUUGAAGGAAGCCAAGAGAAUCCCUGAGGAGAUCCUGGGGAAGGUCAGCAUUGCGGUUCUCCGGGGUUUGGCGUAUCUCCGGGAGAAGCACCAGAUCAUGCACCGAGACGUGAAACCAUCCAACAUCCUCGUCAACUCCCGAGGGGAGAUUAAGCUGUGUGAUUUUGGGGUGAGCGGCCAGCUCAUCGACUCCAUGGCCAACUCCUUCGUGGGAACUCGGUCCUACAUGUCUCCAGAGCGGUUGCAGGGCACUCAUUACUCAGUGCAGUCGGACAUCUGGAGCAUGGGCCUGUCCCUGGUGGAGCUGUCCAUUGGAAGGUACCCCAUCCCGCCACCAGAUGCCAAGGAGCUAGAGGCCAUCUUCGGCCGGCCCAUGGUUGACGGGAUAGAAGGAGAGCCUCACAGCAUCUCACCACGGCCGAGACCCCCUGGACGCCCCAUCAGCGGUCAUGGGACGGACAGCCGGCCAGCUAUGGCCAUCUUUGAGCUGCUGGACUAUAUUGUGAACGAGCCGCCUCCCAAGCUGCCCAAUGGUGUCUUCACCCAGGACUUCCAGGAGUUUGUAAAUAAAUGCCUAAUAAAGAACCCAGCAGAGCGAGCAGAUCUGAAGAUGCUCAUGAGCCACACGUUCAUCAAGCGGUCCGAGGUGGAAGAGGUGGAUUUUGCCGGCUGGUUGUGUAAAACGCUGCGGCUGAAUCAGCCCAGCACGCCCACGCGCACCGCCGUGUGACGGGGUCCUGCGGGUGACCUGUCCGCCAUCCCACCUGCGCCCCGCCCCUCCCGCCCAGGACAGGCCAGCGCCUCCUCUCCCCACCCCAGCCUCUCCCUCUGCCUUCCGCGGAGCUGCCCGCAUACCCCGCAGUGGACACUGAGCCCCGCUCCCGCCUGUCCCAGCUGGUGUGGCCUCCGGUCCCCAGGGCGGGUGACGCUGCUCGCGGGGUCUUCUCAGACCUGCUUACUUAGGUUUCAAACAAAACAGGG